CACACGGGUUCUCGAUACGGUAUUGCCGAAGGUUUCAUCGGUCGCCAUGUACUGAAACGCAGCAUAGCAAAAAUAAGUGUAAAAUUGAUUGAAUAAUCUCUCAUCUUUAUAUCGAUAUUUACACGUGCGUAAAACAAACACACACACACGAUGGCCGACACAGCUGUAGCGUCCGAAACCCCCGCACCGGCGACGCCGGCGAAGAAACCGAAGGCGUCCGCUUCAGCGGCCGGCGGCGUCAAGAAGGCGAAAGCCAAACCGACGCACCCGAAGACCUCCGAGAUGGUGAACAACGCCAUUAAGGAGCUGAAGGAGCGCAGCGGAUCCUCCCUGCAGGCGAUCAAGAAAUAUAUAGCCGCGCAGUACAAGGUUGACGCUGAAAAAUUGGCACCGUUCAUCAGAAAGUAUCUCAAGAGCGCCGUCGAAUCGGGAGCUCUGAUUCAGACCAAGGGUCAGGGCGCGUCCGGUUCCUUCAAGCUCGACAAGUCGAAAUCCUCCGCCGGGGGCAAGAAGAAGAGGUCGACGGCGUCGAGCAGGACCGGCUCCGCGGGUGCCUCCGCCUCGGGCGGCGGUAAGGGAUCCUCUUCGGCCUCCUCCGCCGCCGCUUCGGCGACCGCCAAGUCCAGAAAGAAGGAGACGGCCGGCGCCGGUAAGGCGAAGAAGGCCGCCUCGUCCGCCGCAUCGCCGUCCAAGUCGAAGGCGGCCACCAAAGACAAGAAGGCGGCCGCCGCCAAAAGGAAACCCGCCGCCGCCGCCGCCGCUGCCGCCGCGAGAAAGGCCUCCACGCCGGCCAAGGCGAAAGGCGGCGCCGCCGCAGCCGCCGCACCGAAGGCCAAGAAGACCGCCAAGCCGCCGACCAAGAAACCGAAGGCGCCCAAACCGAAGAAGACCGCCGCCGCCGCUUCCAAAUCGAAGACCUCCGCUAAGAAGACCGCAUCAGCCAAGAAGUAAUAAUUCGGCGGUGCGGUCUCUCUCGUCGCGAAGUAGACGUCGACCGACGGACGGACGGACGGACGGACGGAGUCGGCCACGCUGAGAGCUGCUGUCACCUCCAUCCACACCACCACGACACAACGACGUCGACCCCGCCGUCGUCGCUGUCGAUAGAGAACGGAUUAGGUUCGCAUUUGGUGUGUGAUAAAGUGUGUGGUGGUGCAGCAGCCGCAGUCGCCGCCCGGGUGCGUGUGAUGCGAUGCGCCUCCCCGCCGCCCCGCCGCGUCCCGCCGCUCUGCGUCCAUGGACGACGACGACGACGACGACGACGGCGACGGCGACGCUGACUACGGCCCCCGAUCGUGCGCGUGUGUCGUAGUGGUAUCUGCAAACAAAAACAACAAAACAAAAAGCCCUUUUCAGGGCUAACAAUAUUUUUCUGAAUUCGAAACGGUUUCUUGGCAGGCGGGACACGAGUGAGACACGACGUCGUAGUAGAUUCAUCUUCUUCAUCAAACAGCAGGUGAACAGACGGCAACCGACCGUCGAACACGACGACGACGACGACGACGACGACGAUUAUAUAUUAUAUAUAAUAAUAUACAAGUAGUAGGCACAAGGUACAUACACAAUCUUCCAAUAAAAUCUUAAUUUAAAACUAUAU